AUGGAUGAUGAUGAUUGGGUUGAUUCAUAUGAAAAUUCAAAAAUAGAUAAAAAAAAUAAUACAACAAAUGAACUAUCGAGAUAUUUUACUUUUCUAAUAACAUCUCCAAUUAUAACAAACGGCGAUAAUUUUUUUUUUGAAAAUAAAGAAGAAAAUUUUGAUGAGAUAGAAGAAGAAGAUCCAGUUUCAGAUAUUAUACCUACAAUAAAUAUGUUAUAUAUAAUUUUUAAUUAA